CGCUGAUUUCCAGCAAGUUUGAGUAAUCUCCCUUUGCCACCCGGUGUAUACACUAACGAAGUAAUUUAUCAAAUAUUUCACGUGCAACACGAUGAUGCGAAAAGUCUACGCAGAGGAGCAGCCACGGAAACAGACAAUUAAUCUACGUGAAACUCCAGCUAAGGUAGAAAGAGUGAUAAUUGAUGGAGUGGGACGUACAAAAGAUGAUAUUGUUACUAAACAAGUGGAGCAAGUUUUUGAGGCUGAAAAUUUUGAAGAUAUGAUUCAAAGAUGUCAGGAUGCCAAAAAUAACAUGAAGAAACUGGGAAUCUUCAAGACUGUUAGGAUUGAAAUUGAUACAUAUAAAGGUGCGAAAGCUAGUUCCCAUGGUUACCAGGUCAAGUAUCAUGUUCAAGAAAUGAGAUUUAUGACUGGUGGUGCACACACACAGAUCGGCACCAAUGAUGGCAACCUGUUGUUUAAUUUGAGAAUCCCAAACUUGUUUGGCAGAGCUGAGAAGGUUAUUGCAGAAUACACAUAUGGUACGAAACAUUCCCGAGGCCUUGGUCUUCAUCUUACAAGACCUGUCAACGGGAAUACAGAGGUCUUAUUUGGUGCAACAGGCUAUCAAGGUCACAGUGAAUAUCCCUGGAGUGGUUACAAGGAAACUGAUAGAGGAGUGGGAGUAGACCUUUCUUUUCCAUCUUUGAUUGGUAAGCACAAUAUUAAAUGGGAAGGUGUUUGGAGAGAUUUACGGUGCAUGUCUAAUUCUACAUCCUUCGCGGUUAGAGAACAAGCUGGACAUAGUAUGAAGUCAAGUGUAAAACAUACAUUUAUGAGAGACAGUAGGGAUGACCCUAUAUUACCUAAUGAAGGAUCUUUGCUGAAACUUACACAGGAAUAUGCUGGUGUGGGAGGGAAUGCUAGAUUUUUCAAACAUGACAUAGAAGUUCAAGCUAACAAGGAACUAGUGCUAAAUUCUGUUUUCCAACUGUCAUUAGCAGGUGGUGUGAUGAGACCUCUAGAACCAAACAAAGAUAUUAUGAUAAUUGAUAAAUUCUUUCUAGGUGGUCCCCUGACUUUACGAGGGUUUAAUAUAAAAGGUGUUGGACCCCACAGUGAUGGGAAUGCACUAGGAGGUGAUAUGUACUGCAUGGGAGCUUUACAUUUAUACACACCAUUACCAUUUCGACCUGGUAUAGGAGGGUUUGGAGACUUAUUCAGGUCACAUUUCUUUAUAAAUGCUGGAAACUGUGGAAACUUUCAGUCUUUUAGUUUCGAUCAAUUAACCAGAGAAAACAUGGAUGUAUUUAGAAAUUCAUUAAGACUAGCUUAUGGGGCUGGUAUUGUGUUAAGACUCGGAGGUGUGGCGAGGCUGGAACUAAAUUAUGUUGUGCCGAUAUGGAUAAGACAAGGGGAUAGUGCAAAUCAGGGUCUUCAGCUAGGAGUUGGGUUGACAUUUUUGUGAUAUGUUACUUACAUUUAACAUUUAUUAAAAAAAAAAGUGUUGUGUAGCAAAUCAGUGCUUUACUGAAAACUGUGAUUUGUGAAAAUGA